AUGGCAGACGGAAAUGACCCGAGUUUGGUCACUACCGCUUCUUUGAAGGGUAGAGAAACGCCAAUAGAAGGUGUGCAAACAAAGCGAGCUAGUAAAGUAUUGAUUGAAACACCUUCAAUGCCUUUUGAGACCGAAUCUUAUAAAUUCCGACAAACAGCAACAAAGUCACAGCAACAAACAUCACCAAGUCGUCGUGCACCACAAACAUCAUCUGGAAAAAGAAUUAAGGAAGGAUUAUAUUCAGUAAAAAUGAAAAAUUCAACUUGGACACACACUGAUCCUGAUGUUCCAGACCACUACGCAAGUCGAAAAGAAAUUUUAGAAGUUCUUAACAAUUUUGAAUCCGCUGUAAAGUCAUUAACAGGCGUUGAUGACACAAAAACUGCAUCGGCAAUGCAAAAUAUCACAGAUUUGCUUUUAGAACAGUUAGCAUGUAUGUUACGUGCUGAAUGUAGAGAACAAGAACUAAUCGUCGAAAAAUCACGCGAAUCUUACGCAGAAGUUUUCUUAUUAUUAAGAAAAGAAAUAAACAAAAGCCAUGAUGAAAUGGACAAACUUAAAAAUCAUAACGUACAAUUAGAAGCUGAGUUAACUAAAGUAAUCGAUACUUCAUCAGAGAGAGUUAACGAGAUUCAAUUUGAUUGUGAAAGACAACUUAAAGCAAAGGAUGACGAAAUGGAACAACGAAAACAAGAGUACGAUCUGUCAAUGAAGCGUUUCCUCGAGCAGAAAUCUCAAUUGGAAGAGCACGUAAAGGCUUUACAUCGAGUUUUCUUAGAUUUCCAAAGUGAUUCAGUUUACAUCACUCUGGAAGAUCUCAAACAAAAGCUUGCUAAUACAGAAAAGAAAUUACGCUACAAGGAAACAGAAAUUCAAAAAUUAAAUGAUAAAAUUGACAAACACAAGAAGCAGAUUCUUGAUUUGCAGGCUCAGAAGACUAAUUUAGACCAAGCCAAUGGUGAAUUACGCAGAAAACUUCAGAAUGCGCUCGCAUCAAAAGGAAGAUUAGAACGUCAGAUUGAAAUCCAACAAUUUGGUGAAGAAGAAGACGGAGAAAAGAAGGGAAAGCGUAAUUUAUCUGUAGAUUCAACACCAUACAUCAGUGUUUUACAGAAAUUAAAUCAAAUUUACGAUAAGAUCUCAGAUAUACUUCAAAGAUCGAAUGUAAAUGUUCCAUCACAACAGCAAUACACUGAUGAUAUCGAUAAGGUUCUUCUUUCAGGUAACCCAGCAUUAAUGAUUCAAGCUGUUGAAAAACGCGUCAUUGAUGUACUCCAAACCACGGAGAACCUUGAUAGUGUUGAUAUCCAUGCAGAUAAUGACUUUAUUUACGAUUCAAUCCAGAAUCCUCGCUUCCUACAAUACGUUGCUCCACAUAUUGAUGUUCCUUUGCCAAAUACUCAGUCAUCUGAUUACAAUCCGUUCCAAAUCAUGCGACAGAUCUUCCAAGCUAAGUAUCUACAAGACGAAUGGAUGAAAAGAACAGGUGGACAAGUCCAAAGAUUCCCUGAAUUCAUCGUUUCAUUUUUCACUAGAAAUGAUGAGUCACUUUUUGUUGCAUUAACAAAUGCGGCUCGAUUAUGGAGAUGCAUUUCUGAUGAGAAAUACAGUGAGAUGAAGCUAUUUAAGUCGUUUGCUCUUGAAGAAUACACGUGUGAUGAAUUGACUUUCUUCUUAAGAUGCAGAUAUCUUUUGUUGGGACUUCCUGGAAUCGACAGCCAAGCACCAAAGAAAAUAAUGGUCGAUAUAAGUGAAAUCAAAAAUAUGAUGAAUUCUGUGGUCGGCCAAUAUUCUCAUGUAGCGCAAUCUGUUAUUGAAAAAGCCGAGAAACAGGCAAAUAAUGAGAAUAGAAUCGAUUACGCUGAAUUCAUGAUAAUUUUCUUGGAAUUCUACGAAAGAGAAAGAAGAAAACGCAGAAAUGCAGUCAGAUUGAUGUUCCAAUCCAAACAGUAUAUGCAAGGAAACAUCAAAAUUGACUUCGAAAACUUUUGUGCUUUGGUUAAAUCUCUUGGUUACCAAGGUGAUUCACAAACAGUUUUCGAAUUGUAUAGAGAAGCAACAAUGGUUUCUAAAGGUGAUUUGAACUUAGAAUCAUUGUUAACAGCUAUGGAUUCAAUGGGAUUCCACUUCUAUUCAAUAGAAGCACCAAUAACUUUGUUACAUAAUACACCUGUAACUGAACUGAAAAGAAGUGAUUUGUUCAAGAGAUGGAUAAGAUUCGGAAGAUGGUUCGAAGGAUUCUUGAAACCAUUAGGAACAUUCGAUACUUGGUUGCACGCCGAAUUAAAACAGGCUGUAAAGAGAGUUGAUAACAUUUUCAAGACAAAUUCGCCUGUCCCUGUAAUGUUUAACGAAUACAGAAAAUUAUUGGACUAUUUCCAGUUUAUGCUUGAUAUGCUAGCUGAAGGAUCAAAGAAUCCAAUGACUCCUGAGAAAAGUAAUAGAGAAUUAUUACUUAUGGAGAAUUUAGUUGAUUUGUUAGUAACUCACGUUGUUACUGAAUGCGACAAAGAUUACAUUUUUGAAGAAUUAACAAGUUAA